AGAGAGUAAAAGCUAGCAUAAGAUAGAUAGACAGACAAAGCGAAAGUUAGAUCUCCCACUUAUAGCUGCUGCAGAUAGAGUAGAGUAAACUAUCUGUAAAUAAAUAAAUUUCAUCACUAAAAAUUCUCAAAAGAAGUAGCAGAAUUAUGCAACAGUUGCCUGGCAAUUUUGCCCAUAAUUCAACAGCCUGUAUUCAGCAAGAAUUGGUUCCAGAAUCAGUGAAAAAUCCGACAUUUUUUUCUGGGUGUUAAAUAAUUCCAAACAUUGCCCAUGUUUAAAACUUCCAAUUUCAUGUUACUUCUCUUCAUUAUUUCUCCUGUUUCAUUUCUAUAUUUUGCUUCACAUUUGUAACAAAAUUAUACACCUUGUUUGGAUUUUGUAAGUUUCAAUAUGUGGGACUCUGAAACUGAGUCUCUUGGAGGAAGAGAGUCUGGUAAUGGAGCUCUUAUUCCAGCCAAACAUGGCCUUAAGACUGAUGGGUUUGAGCAAAGAGGCCAAUCAUGGUUUGUUUCAACUGACAUUCAAAGUGAUCUUCUGGUCCAAAUUGGUGAAGUUAACUUUCAUUUACACAAGUACCCUCUGAUUUCAAGGUGUGGAAGAUUGAGUAGAAUCAUAUAUGAUAGCCAUGAAAGAGAACCAAACAAGGUAACCUUGGAUGAUCUUCCUGGUGGACCCGAGUCAUUCGAGCUAGCAGCGAAAUUCUGCUAUGGCAUUGCGGUUGAUCUAACAGCGCCCAACAUCUCGGGCCUGAGAUGUACUGCAGAGUACUUAGAAAUGACAGAAGAUCUAGAAGAAGGAAACCUCAUAUUCAAAACUGAAGCCUUCUUAAGCUAUGUUGUCCUGUCUUCUUGGAGAGACUCCAUCAUUGUAUUAAAGAGUUGUGAGAGGCUCUCGCCUUGGGCAGAAAACCUACAAAUUGUUCGAAGGUGUAGCGAGUCUAUUGCUUGGAAGGCUUGUGCUAAUCCCAAAGGAAUUAGGUGGAACUACACAGGGAGACCUACAAAGGUUUCCAGCCCCAAAUGGAAUGAUCUCAAGGACUCGAGCCCUAGUAGGGCAGUCCAAGUGCCUCCAGAUUGGUGGUAUGAGGAUGUUUCGAUUCUAAGGAUCGAUCAUUUUGUUCGUGUGAUAACCGCCAUUAAGGUUAAAGGAAUGAGAUUCGAGUUAAUUGGUGCUUCAAUCGUGCAAUAUGCAUCAAAAUGGCUUCCUGGACUAAUUAGGGACGGUGGAGGUGGAAGUGGUGGUGGUGAGCCUACACUAGAAGAACUCACUAGUGUCUGCAGCAGCAAUGGGAAUAUUAGUCGAGAUAGCAGCAGCAGUGGCGGCAGUGGGAGCUGGAAAGGUGGGCUCCACAUGAUAGUCUCAGGGAACAAAGAUGAUCCUGAAACAAUAAAAGCAAAGGAUCAGAGAAUGAUCAUUGAGAGCCUGAUCAGUAUUAUUCCACCUCAAAAGGAUAGUGUUUCUUGCAGCUUCCUACUUAGGCUUCUAAGGAUGGCUAACAAGCUAAAGGUAGCCCCGGCGUUGGUUACUGAGCUUGAAAAGCGUGUUGGUAUGCAGUUCGAGCAGGCAACCUUGUCCGAUCUUCUUAUACCAUCUUAUGAUAAGAGUGAGACAACGUAUGAUGUAGAUUUAGUUCAGAGACUUCUUGAGCAUUUCUUAGUGCAAGAACAGACAGAGUGUGCAAGUAGUCCUAGCAGGCAAUACUUGGAUAAGAAUAUGUACGAGGAGAGUCAGAGAGGCGCGGUUUCCAGUGCUAAGAUGCGAGUGGCCAGGCUUGUUGACAGUUACUUAACAGAGAUAGCUCGGGAUAGGAAUCUUUGUCUAACAAAGUUCCAGGUUCUGGCCGAGGCUCUUCCUGAAUCUGCAAGAACUUGCGAUGAUGGACUUUACAGAGCAAUUGACUCGUAUCUCAAGGCACACCCUACUCUGUCAGAACACGAAAGAAAGAGACUAUGCCGAGUGAUGGACUGUCAAAAGCUCUCAAUUGAUGCUUGCAUGCAUGCAGCUCAAAAUGAGCGGCUUCCCUUACGAGUAGUGGUGCAAGUCCUGUUCUCUGAGCAGGUUAAGAUAAGCAACGCGAUAGCCAACAACACCUUAAAAGAUACUACAGAAGCAGGAGAUCAAUCCCAAUUUCAGCCCAUGGUCUCAACCCGAAAGACCCUUCUUGAGGGGACACCACAGUCAUUCCAAGAAGGAUGGGCAACCGCGAAGAAGGACAUUAAUACCCUCAAGUUUGAGCUGGAGACUAUGAAGACUAAAUAUGGUGCGCUCCAGAACGAAAUGGAUAGUUUACAAAGGCAGUUCGAUAAGAUGGUGCCGAAACCAAAGCAGCAUUCUUCAUCAGCAUGGACUAGUGGGUGGAAAAAGCUAAGUAGAUUGGCCAAGAUGAAUAAUAUGGAUACUCAUGAUGAUAGUUCUGAUCAACCAGUUGCAGACCAAACAAGAAAGACUCCUAGAAGGUGGAGGAAUUCUAUUUCUUGAGCUUUGUGACAAGUUUUUACAUUUAGCUUCCCCAUCCCCCUACCUUGUUCAUUCUGUUUAGUUUUCUUCUACAUUUUUUCUACCAUAUAGAUUAAAGAGGAAAGAAUUGGUUGUCUUGUUGGUUUUGUGUGUGUUUCUGUGUUUAGGGUAAGUGAAUUUGACUGUAAAAUUUGUCAUUGGUACAAUUUUUAUGUCUAUUUUUCAGUAUGCAAAAAUA